AUGGCUGCCUCAAUGGCUACAAACACAAUACUCACACAAGCUCUUCGACUGUCGUUCUUCUACUUUGCGAUAGUCUUCAUGUUCGGAGCCCUCUUCGGAUCGGCACGCGUACCCUUUUUACAGCCAACUCUAGGCACACGCUAUGCAGAACUCCUUGAAAUGCCGCUCAUGCUCUUUGUCAUCUGGCAAUCAGCGCAGCUCACCAUUAACCGAUUGGAACAAAAGAAAGGCACCAACAACCAAUAUCUUACUCCGGUCUUGAUUGGGACACUUGCCCUUUUGUGGCUUGUGGGUGUCGAACUCGCGACAACGGCAGUCUUACAGGGAGGAUGGUGGAACGGGAUCCGAGUAUAUUUCGUGGCCCGCGAUGCCAUCGCCGGUCCGGUAUAUGCGCUGGCGGUGCUGUCGUACGCAAUCAUGCCAUGGUACGUCUGGCGCUGCCAAAAUCAGCAGACAAAAUGGACGAUCGAAUUCGAUGGCUCAGUGGACGAAGACGAGGGAUGGUUCUGA